CUGUCAAUUAUGAACUAUAAGAAGACUAUUGCAUAGUGUAAUUGAACAAGACACAUUUCCAUUGCUAUUAUUAGAAUUGAACACUUGAAAGGGAGAUUAAGUUCAAAAACUGGGAUGGCUUUUGUAACGUCGGAGGAAUUGCUGGCCACUUUGGUGCCAAUUGCUGUUUAUUGGAUAUACUCAGGUAUGUAUGUGAUGUUUGAGUCAAGGUUUGAGAAGUACAAGUUGCACUCCAAGAAAGAAGAGGAGGAGAAGAAUUUGGUUUCCAGAAAGGAAGUCUUCAAAGCCGUUCUUUGCCAUCAAGUCAUGUCAAUUGCUAUUAACCUCUUCACGUAUGCGGUAACAAGAGAAAAAGAUGAUGAGGCAUCUCCAAAGAAAUCACUAACCUUGCUUCUUCUAGCCAAGCAAUUGGUGAUAGCAAUGGUGGUGAUAGAUACAUGGUCGUUUUUUGUGCAUUGGUACUUGCAUCAGAACAAGUUUUUAUACAAACACCUUCAUGUUCCGCAUCACCGGCUGGUUGUUCCCUAUUCAUUUGGAGGACAGUAUAUGCAUCCAAUUGAGGGGUUCUUGGACACCAUGGGCGGAACAUUAGCUGUACUCCUCUCCGGCAUGUCUCCUCGAACUGCCAUGUUUUUCUCCUCCUUUACCAUCCUUAAAUUAGUGGAUGAUCAUUGCGGGAUGAAGCUUCCCGGAAACCCCUUUUACCUCUUUUUUAACAACAAUUCGGCAUACCAUGAUGUCCACCAUCAGCUUUAUGGUACCAAAUACAACUUCUCUGUCUACUUUGACAUAUGGGACAGAAUUCUAGGAACCUAUAUGCCUUAUUCACUUGAGAAGAGACCUGAUGGCGGCCUUGAAGUACGACGUGCUGAUCAAGAGCACAAGAAGGAUUGAUUGAUUAAUUACUUAAUUAAUCAGUCAAUUAUGAUAACUAGUGAGCACGGAUUGAUGAAUGUUCCAUUAGGUUUUAUAUAUGUAUCUAAUGUGUAUGUAUUAUGUGUACUACUAUGCUUCACUAGGAGUAAAGGCAAAUCUGGUGUGAAACUAAGUCAAUUAUGAUGACUAGUGAGCAUGGAUAUUGAUGAAUGUUCCAUUAGUUUUUAUAUAUAAUAUCUAUAUGUAUUCUAUAUAUUUCUCUGCUUCACUGGGAAUAAAGGCAAAUCUGGUAUUGAACAAAAUAUUAUGAAUAAAACUAGAAGCUUAUAUUCUUCAAA